CUGUCAUUUAUCAUCUUUAUCUGCUAUAUUGCAUCUCAAGCUGCCGCUUUCAUGAUGGCACCACUCCUAGAGUUUCUGCUGGCGCUGUUUCUUUUUUUUGCCUACGCCUCCAAACUUAAUGAGAAGUUUAAAGGAUUCUACUGGCCUUUGACGGAUUUCUUGCGGUGUGUCACUGCUGCCAUUAUUUACUUUGCCAUUUCAAUUGCUGCUGUCUCAAAACAUAGCGAUGGAGCAUCUAAAGCAGCAGGAGUGUUUGGAUUUAUAGCCACGAUAGUGUACGCCAUUGAUUUCUACAUAACCUUCAAUGACCUGGUUACUUUUCUCAAGCAAGGCAGUUCUGAUUCCCCUGAAGGGCGCAAGUCAGAAGAUGAGGACUCAGAUUCCGACUCAGACUGAAGACCCGAAUACCAACCAAGUGUGAAGGGAAGAUGAUCAAGCACUUUCCUCUCUGCUGAGUGCACUGCCAACUGAAAUAUCUCCCUUAUUUCAGCCUCGGUAUCCCCUUUCCACCUCACUGUUUAUGGAAUCACCAGAGCACAGACAAGCAGUGAUGUGGAAAAGGAGACUAUUCCCAAUGCCAUUAGACACUCCUUCAG